AUGACCAUGUCCGCAGAAGCGAAACACAACGGAAGCAACUUGCAAUCGUCGCAAAUCGUUGCGUUAAACGUCGGCGGGGAGACGUUCACGACCACUUUGAGCACUUUGCAAAAACAUCCUCGAUCCAAGCUGGCCGAGAUGUUUGCCUCCGGACAGCCAAAGCCACAAACGGACUCCGAAGGGAGGUACUUCAUAGAUCGUCCCGGGACUUAUUUUAAGUACAUUCUAGAAUACCUGCGCAGCAACCAGGUGCCCACGCAGUGCGUCCAGGAUGUCUACAAGGAAGCCUUGUUUUAUGGCAUCGAGCCUUUGAUCAAAGAGUUGGACGACUCCCCGCAGAUCUUCGGCGAGCAGGUAGCCAGAAAACAGUUCCUCGCCCAAGUACCCCACUACAUGGAGAAUAUAGAACUCAUGAUCCGCAUUGCUCGGGUUGAGGCGAUGGCUUCGCGCCAGUCCGGCAUCAUGGUGUGCGUGGUGAAGACUGAGGAAGACGUUGCCAAGUCCCAAGAUGUCCUCAACAGCCUGGACACGGAAAAGAAGCCGGUGGUCAAGUUUGGCCCCUGGAAGGCCUCACCAAGCAUUUCCGACUUACUGGACUGCAUAAAAAUGGACGUGGAAGCCAAAGGUUAUAGGAUCUCCUUCCAGGUCUACGCGUCGGAGAAAGGCUUCCGCUUCAAAUCCAUUGAUUACUUCUAUAAAUUUUUAUUCACUUGGUGGUAA